UCAGCGCACCAACACGCACUGCUUCCUCAGCCGCUCGGUUGCGCACUUCCUAAUGCGCGCAGAGGGGUAGCGGACUCUUGGAACACAGUUUUCUAUUUCUUAAUCACUUAAUAACACCACUGCCAGAGACUGAAUAUGUGGAAGUCGGUGGUGGGUCACAAUGUCACCGUGAAGGUGGCUUCGGAGGGGGACGACUGGGAAACAGACCCCGACUUUGAGAAUGACGUGUCCGAGCAGGAGCAGCGAUGGGGCGCCAAGACCAUUGAGGGAUCAGGCCGAAAAGAGCACAUCAGCGUGGCUGAGCUCAGGCAGAAGGUGUCCAUUGAGCAUGAGAAGGUGAAGAAGAAGGAGUUGGAGCAGGCCCCCAAGGCCUCGUAUGGCUACGGAGGGAAGUUUGGGGUGGAGAAGGAUCGCAUGGAUAAGAUGGCUGUGGGACAUGGAUACGUGGCUCAGGUGGAGCAGCACUCAUCCCAGACGGACGCAGCGCGGGGCUUCGGGGGGAAGUUUGGGGUGCAGAAAGACCGCGUUGACAAGUCAGCUGUUGGCUUUGAGUACAAGGGGAAUGUGGAGCAACACGCUUCCCAGAAAGACUAUUCAAAGGGAUUUGGCGGAAAAUAUGGAGUGGAAAAGGAAAAGGUGGACAAGGCUGCUGUGGGUUAUGACUACAAGGGGGAGACAGAGAAGCACCACUCUCAGAAAGACUAUGCAAAGGGAUUUGGUGGCAAGUUUGGAGUGGAGAAGGAGAGGGUUGACAAGUCCGCCUUAGGUUACGACUACAAAGGGGAGACUGAGAAACACGAGUCUCAGAAAGACUAUGCUAAGGGUUUUGGAGGGCGCUACGGUGUGGAGACGGACCGUGUAGAUAAGAGCGCGGCUUCCUUCACAGACAUGGAGUCCCCCAGCUCCUCAUACCAGAAAACACAGCCCGUGGAGGCCUCGGGUGCUGGGGCUGGGAACCUGAAGGCUCGCUUUGAGAACAUGGCCCGGGCAUCGGAUGAGGAGAACAGAAAGAGGGCAGCAGAGGAGAGGGCCAGGAGGCAGGCCAAGGAAAAGCAGGAAAAGGAGGAGGCCCAGCGAAGGCAGAAGGAGCAGGAGAGCAGGGAGCAAGAGGAAGAGGAAGCGCCUCCUCCUCCUGUUCCCCAAGCAAGGAAGAGCUCAGCGGUGCCCAGACCACCGCCCAAGGAGCCCGAAGAGGAAGAAGAACCACCUGCGGAGGAACCUCUGGAGCCCUUUCUUCAUGAGGCGAAAGAAGAGCAGGAGUACGAUGAGCCCCCGGCGCUGCCGCCCCGUGCCGAUGACCUGCUCGACGAGGUCUACAGUGCCCCCGAGGAGACACAGCUACUGGAGCAGGAAGGGGACUAUGAGGACAUUUUAGUGCCACCCCAGCAAGACAAUGACUAUGAGGACUUAAACUGUGGACAGACAGCUGUGGCCCUCUACGACUAUCAAGGGGAGGGUGAUGAUGAGAUCUCCUUCGACCCGGACGAUAUCAUAACAAACAUUGAAAUGGUGGAUGAGGCCUGGUGGCGGGGCCACUGCAAUGGUCGCUUUGGCCUCUUCCCCUCCACCUUCGUGCGGCUGAUGUAGCGAAGCGUCUGGAUUUUUCAUGUGCCAGUUCUUCUAGUCAUUCCACCACUCGCUCUUUCCUCUUUCAUGUGUUAGUGCCUCUGGCAAAGCUGUCACGUCUUCCAAGUUUCCCGUCUCUGUUUCUCUCCAUCUCUGCGUUCAGUAAUGCCAGCCUUUGUCUUCAUUCGCAUCAUCUUCCUCUACCCUUGGUAAUGUCUGUCCUUCACUCCAUCGGUGUUAGCCACUGUAAGCAAAGACUGAACUUGACAAGCACAUGUCCUACUGAAUCUAUACUGUGCCAGAUUCAUUUUUUGGGCGUUAAUUUGCAAAAGCACAAGGACUGUAUGCUGGCUUUGAUGUUCACAUAUCUUGUGAAUUAAUCUACCUUCAGCCUGUAAUCAUUUUUAGUUGACUGUCCAGUAUUUCAGUGGAACAUAGCAGAAAAUUUUCUGACAGUUCUUUGGAAAAUGUUUUUUAUUUGAAUUAAUUAUUGAACUUUAUUAUGGAUUUCUUUUGCUUUUUUUAAAGAGUAACUAAAAUCGCCGAAUAAAUGAUGGAUCUGCUA